GUGCGAUCGGAUCUGAGUUGACGCCGUCACGCCGCCGCCUCUCUAAAGAUGCGCGAUCUUCCGUCCACCGUCUCGCAUCGGUCGGAAAUCGGAACUUAGUUUCGCGCGUUCCUUUCAAACGACUAUGGACUUUGCGAAUGACAGCUUCUGCGACGUGAACUUGUACGGUCCGAAACGGGACGGGCUUAGCGUCGUCGUGCCCGUCACAGUGAUAUACGUGGUGAUUUUUAUCACAGGAACGGUGGGCAACGUCACCACGUGCAUCGUCAUUGCCCGCAACAAGUCGCUGCACACCGCCACCAAUUACUAUCUGUUCAGUUUGGCCCUGUCCGAUUUGGUCCUGCUGGUUUCCGGCCUGCCGCAGGAGAUUUACCUCAUAUGGAACAGAUAUCCGUACAUAUUCGGCGGCACUUUCUGUUUCCUGCGGGGACUGCUGGCCGAGACGUCAGGGAACGCUACAGUGUUGACCAUUACCGGCUUCACCGUGGAACGCUACCUCGCGAUAUGUCAUCCGUUUCUGUCGCAGACGAUGUCCAAAUUGUCCAGGGCCAUCAAGUUUAUCCUCUUCAUAUGGCUGGUCGCUAUAAGUUUCGCGAUACCUCAAGCCCUGGCCCUCAAAGUAGACGGGACGUGCCCCCACUGUCUACCCACCCGGCCGGUCAUGGAUCACUCAUUCGAAAUUUCGACGUUUGUGUUUUUUGUGACGCCGAUGACUCUGAUCACCGUUUUGUACGUGUUGAUCGGAUCCACCCUCAGGUCUUCAAGGAUGAUGAAAAUGCGAAACGUCGGCGCUAAAGACAUCUGCAAGUCGUCGCGGAGAGUCGUCAAGAUGCUAGUGGCCGUGGUGGUGACGUUCUUCAUUUGCUGGGCGCCUUUCCACGUGCAAAGACUCUACACGAUCUACGCAACAUUCCCAAAGGCGGACGAGCAGACCCACUCUCUCUACUUGCAGGUCUACUCGGUAGUCACCUACGUCAGCGGCAUCCUUUAUUACGUUUCGGCCACUUCGAACCCGAUCCUCUACAGUAUCAUGUCGAUGAAAUUCCGCAAAGCGUUCAAGGAAACGUUCGCCCGGUGCUGCGGCAUUAAACUGAAGCAGGGCCAGCAACGUCAGUAUUCGGCACUGUCAAAGUGCAACCCCAAGGCCGUGGACUCUGUCGACUCCACCAAAGAGAAUCCAACCAUUCACACGAACACGAGCCUGACGCGCAAGACGUCCAGCGAAUCAUUCCUCCUCAAUGGCAAAAGACCGAAAAUGGCGACGCGCAAGGCAACAACCGCCAACGGCAAAUCGAACGGAUACGGCGAUCGUUCUGUCCGAGUCGAAACCAGACAGACGAUCGAGUCCCAAAAUCGAUUGGCGAAAUUCAGUCGAUAUUUCGGUUGUUUAAAGAAGCAUCAGGAUGCACACAACGAAAAUAUCGAACUUAAGACGCGCGACGGCAAAAAGAAUUGUUGCGGAAGCGAUAUCAUCAGCAAUAGCAGCUUGGAAGACGUCGAGAAAGGUGCCAUCGAGGACGAGCUUACAGUCUACAUGAAAAACGCCAACGUUAGUGAGUGUUAGAUAAUGCUUGGGGACCGCCACUGAGCAGACCAAACUGGAGACUGACGUUUAAUUGUGGGUGUGUGUGUGUGUGUCUAGUGAAUGUGACAUUCUCGAUUAAUUGUCACGUCUGGGUCUACACGGGACGUUCGGUUUUUAACGAUUUUCCAAAACUUUAUCUUCUAAAACUUUAUCUUUCUAUGAAACGGGUGAAAUAGCGACAUUCCGAAGCAGAAAAAUAAAACAUCGAAAAGCACAAACGAAAACUUCCACCGUGACUAUACUUUAAGUUUAAAUUUUUUUGGAAAUAUCUUGCGCGUUUUUAGAGAAGGAGCAAAUUCUUUGUUUCGCCGUUUUUAAUAAAAUAUAUUUGCACAACAAAUGCUUUUGUACGAGGCGUGUUUUUAAAGUACCACCGCGUAAGGUAUAAACCAUAAGCGGCAUUAGGCACUGAAUCCGAACAGUCCGAACGACCGAUUGAGAUCCAUUUAAAUUUGAAUUGUUGUUCUGUUUUCUGUUUUAGUUAGUAUAAUAUUUAGCUGUGUUCUGAUUGUUAAUUGCAUCAUGAUUUUAUUUAACAAUUAAUACAUUUUUUUAAUUAAAUACCUGGCCGCAGGUAUAUAUUUCAUUCAAUAUACAAUUCAACAGAUAAGCAAACCUACCGAUCGAUGCAACUCAAUACUUUUAAUAUAAUAAAUAUAACUUUGAUUUCGUCGAAGGCACUGAUAGAUACUGUCAAAAA